AUGGAAGCUGCGAAGCCAUUGUUAAACGCUUUCAGAACAAAAUCAAAGCAGGCCACGCUGCUUUGGCUUGAGGGCUUCAGAGAGGCCUGUUGCCUUCACCGUGUCUUCAUCCUCUGCCACAGGUCGAGAAAGCUUUUGAUACGUACAGGACAGUGUUUUCUAUUGAAUGGCUUCAUUUUCUUAGGAAGUAUAAUUAUCCUUAACUCAGUCAUAGUCCCAGCUCUACACUGGAUAUUACCUGAUAGGUGCCCGGAAUUUAGUUCUCAAGAACUCUGCUCAUUUGGUGGUAUUUUGAAAUUUUAUUCCUUCUUACGUCUUGGGCUCAUACAACUCUUUUAUGUAACUUGGUUCUACCCAUUGUAUGUAUUCAGCAUUAUCCUGAGCAACAUCUGGUACAAUGACAUUGCUAAGUAUGGAUUUGCUGCAAUGGGGAGAUCUGGGCCAACCACAUUGGAUCCUGUCAGACAAAAUGAGGCAUUGGCCUUACAAAUUGGAGCUGGUACGGAAAGACCUACUGGCCUGGGAGGGGUCAUGAUUGGAAUAGGAGAGCAGGUGUACUCAUUACUUCUUUUGAGCUGUUUCUUCCUAGAGGUAUAUGUGACAGGCUUUAUACCGUAUGCAGGGAAGGCACUAAAUUUUCUACUUCUUUCCUGGAUGUAUGCCUAUUACUGUUUUGAGUACAAAUGGAAUUUUUCUGAAGUUCGUCUGGACAAACGGCUGGACUUCUUUGAAUCUAACUGGGCUUUUUUUGCUGGUUUUGGAAGCCCUUGUGUUCUGCCUGUUCUCUUUUUCUCGCCUCUUGUGAGCUAUGGGUUCAUGGCAAUACUCUUUCCAUUGUUUGUUUUGACAGCAACAGGUUCAGAGGCUGAGCAAGUUAUUUCUUCUCAAAGAGCAAAAUGGGAAGUUGCUGGGUUUGGAAGGCUUCCAAUAUUUAAUGCUGCAGAUACUUUAUCGAUGAGGGUUUUGUCUCUGUUUCCCCAGGAAUCCCAGGAGCUGCUUCAGAAAAAGAAAGACAGCUAA